AGGUUUCCAUCCAAAAUCUAGGCUCUGGAAAUUCCGAACGUGGAGCAUAAUAAUGUGCGGGCCUUUCGCAAUGGUACAGCACUUACAGUAUAUACACAAGCUCCAACUCGACCGGCUAGCUUGCGGACAUCGGCAAAACGACGCAGCGUUCGACAAAUUAUGCGGGAUGGGCUCUGUUUUCACCGAAUGAAAUUCUGCGAGUGCCUUGGAUUGAACGGAUCGAGGUUUUGCUAGCAAUUGAGGCACAGAAAGCCAUGGGCCGUUCUAUUCGUUUAUCUCAAUCGAGUAAGUCGUUCGCAUACCCCCUCGAGCCACACGCGACUCGUCUGUUUUCGAGCAGUGAAUUGCAUGUUGAGUUCCGGGGAGGCCAUGUAGUUCUAGAAAGAGUCGCCAGGCUCAGUCGCCAGGCUCAGCGGUCAUGUAUUUAUAUAUGGACUACCAUAACCGACGGAUAAGGCACUCGAGGGAUUCGAUAGUAAAGCAGCUCUGAAUUUCAGUCGAUACACCACUUCUACCACUUGUCACCACUUCUCACUACCGCGUGUCGUCCGCAUGGCGCGCAUGACCUCCUCUUCCCAGCGAGCGAUCAUGCAACGCUGCUUUGCCCUCCUGGUCCUCCUGAUGCUGCUCGCCCUGGCGUUCAUCGCCUCGCUGGCUGAUGCAGCCGACACGAAUGCGACAACAAGCCGACCGAGAGCUGCCAGUCCUGCUAACACCACUCCCAGCAGCAGCAGCAUCAGCGCCGCUACUGACAGCAGCACCGGUGAAGAUGACAGCAGCACUGAUGGCGGCAGUUUCACCAUCAGCAGCAGCACAAGCAGCAACAGCACCAGCAACGCUGCCAGCGGCAACAGCACCAGCAACGCUGCCAGCGGCAACAGCAGCAGCAGCAGGGCGAGGAGAAGCCCGGUUCCAGCGCCGCCUCCAGUGAUCCCGACUUACGGCUGCAACGUGGACUUCAGUGCGCUCUCCAAUGGCAAUCUGACAUCCCUAUCGGCCUGCUCUGGCGCCUCCCCAGCUGGAGAUGCGUGCUGCAGCCCUCUGCUGUCGUGGCAGAGGGACUUUGCCACCCGGGAGCCCAUGUUCUUCCUUGCUCUCACCACGCAGCCCGAGCUCAACACUCCCUGCAGGAAGUCCCUCCAGGCGCAUCUGCAGGCAUCUCCUGUUCGCCCACGUAUCACUGCCAACGUCUUUGCCCUCUGCAACCCCCCUGCCAACGCCUCGUCUUCCUCCUCCUCCUCUCGUCGUUCUCUGCUCCCCCUUGUGGCUCUGGAUCCAGCAGUCAACAAGUGCCCUGUGGUAUGGGUGCAGGACGUCGAUCGACUUCAAAAUGUCUCUCGCCUGGCCAAGGCAUGCUCCUCGGCAGAUACAGCCUGCUCCAGAUGCGCCUCCACCAUGUCUUCCGCUGCUGCUGCCCUCGCUCGCUACAACCCCACUGAAGCUGCCCGUACUGCAGCAAGGGGUAAUGCGAGCACGACAGCCACGGAAACCGCAACCACACUGUCCGAAGCAGUUACAGACGAUUGCGCUCGAGUGGCUUUCGUGAGGGUUGCCCAGGGUCAGAGCUGGCGUGCGGCCGCAGGGCUGGUGGCUCUGCAACUGGACUGUCCGAUUGUCUGAGAUGCUCAACCUCACUUGCACGGAUGAGGCGCAUGUGUCUGGAAUCUGGAUGCAUGACUGUGAUGGGGGUAGAGCAGAGGUUCUGGCCGAGGGUCGGCUCUGAUGACCAGCAUUUUCAGGGCUGGUUAGCGUGCGCUAGGUUGUGGUGGUGUGAGUAUAUGUAGAAGUGUCUGGGAGCGACUUCAGCUGAAACUGUUCUUUGUACAUGGUAGCUUGGUUUGGGGACAUUUGUGGCAUUUCAGCUCUUGCUCCUGUGCCAGUGCAUUGUUUCUGUUACCAG